UACUAUGGCAAAGGCAGAACUGGAAAAUCAAACAACGCUCACUGAAUUCCUUCUGCUGGGCUUUGGUAAUUUUGGAGAUCAGCAGCUCUUUCUCUUCCUGCUCUUCUUAAUGAUCUACAUUGUCACCAUGGUUGGAAAUAUCUUCAUCAUUGUCCUGGUGGCGGCUGAUCACCACCUUCACACACCCAUGUACUUCUUUCUGGGUAACCUGUCCUGCCUGGACACCUGCUACAGCUCCAACAUCCUUCCCCUGAUGCUGGCUAAUUUUUUCAAUGGGGGCCAGAGAGCCAUUUCUGUCACUGGUUGCAUGAUACAAUAUUACUUCUUUGGUUUCCUGGCUGCUUCUGAAUGUUAUCUCCUAGCUGCAAUGUCCUACGAUAGGUAUGUGGCGAUAUGUAAACCACUGCUCUACACAGCACUUAUGAAUGGCAGGGUUUGCCUCCAGCUAGUAGCUUGCUCUUGGAUAAGUGGUUCAUUGGCUAUUAACAUCACCAUAUAUUUAAUGCACCAAUUAAGAUUCUGUGGCCCCAGAGAAAUCAACCAUUUAUUUUGUGAUUUCAAUCCGAUAUUAAAGCUGUCGUGCAGUGACACACACACAAUCGAACUUUUAACUACCUUCCUAGCCGCUGUGUGCUCCUUGCCUCCCUUCUUGUUGACUCUGGCAUCUUAUGUUUGUAUUAUAGCUACCAUUGUGAAAAUCCCAUCCAUCAGCGGGAGGAAAAAGGCCUUCUCAACCUGCUCCUCACAUCUCAUUGUAGUGUCCAUUUUCUAUGGCACAAUAAUGAUUGUCUACAUGUUGCCCAAGACAGAGGCACUGCGAGACCUCAACAAAGUCUUUUCUCUCUUCUAUACAGUCCUGACUCCUUUGUUCAACCCCCUGAUAUACAGCCUCAGAAACAGGGAGGUGAAGGAGGCUUUCAGAAAAGCUGUUGCUAAAUUUUGUGCAUUUGAAAGAACGCAGGGCUGUAAUUGAAUACCUUUCAUAUUGAGAUGCUGGUUUUGCUCCC